AUGAACUGCAAGGAGGAAAAUGACAACUGCACUGACGGGAGCAGGAGCAACACCAAGAAGAUGCUGAAAUGUGUGGUGGUUGGGGAUGGUGCAGUUGGGAAAACCUGUUUGCUGAUGAGCUAUGCCAAUGAUGCCUUCCCAGAGGAGUAUGUCCCCACUGUGUUUGACCACUAUGCAGUAACCGUGACUGUGGGAGGACAACAACACUUGCUGGGGCUUUAUGACACUGCAGGGCAGGAGGACUACAACCAGCUGAGACCCCUGUCCUACCCCAACACAGAUGUGUUCCUGAUCUGCUUCUCCGUGGUGAAUCCUGCCUCCUACCACAACGUGCAGGAGGAGUGGGUGCCUGAGCUGAAAGUCUGCAUGCCCAACGUGCCUUAUGUCCUCAUAGGAACACAGAUUGAUCUCCGGGAUGAUCCCAAAACUUUGGCGCGGCUGCUUUACAUGAAGGAGAAACCACUCACCUAUGAGCAUGGAGUGAAGCUGGCAAAGGAGAUCGGAGCCCAGUGCUACCUGGAGUGCUCAGCACUCACACAGAAAGGCCUUAAGACUGUCUUUGAUGAGGCAAUCAUGACCAUUUUCCACCCCAAGAAGAAGAAGAAGCGCUGUGCAAAGUGCCACAGGUGCUGCACCCUUGUGUGA